AUGACCGGCCUCGACCCCGAAACAGACCACAUUCUCCAAAUUAGUUGCUUCCUCACCGACGCUGAUCUCGCUCUCCUUGAACCCGACGGUUUCCACGUUACCAUCCACCAGCCCCAGCAUAUCCUCUCGUCCAUGAACCCCUGGUGUAUCUCAACCCACGGACGUUCGGGCCUCACAGCUGCAGUCCUUGCGUCGACAACAUCUCCGUCCGAAGCCUCCGAAGCCCUUCUCGCAUACGUACAAACCUACGUCCCAGAGCCCCGUACGGCAUUGCUAGCGGGCAAUAGCGUACAUGCUGAUCGGGCGUUUCUGGCACGAGAACCGUAUAAAAAGGUAGUAGAUUGGCUGCAUUAUCGGAUUUUAGAUGUGAGCAGUGUGAAGGAAGCGGUGAGGAGGUGGGCUGGAGAUGAAACGUUGCGAAAUGCGCCGGCCAAGAAGGGUGCGCAUCUGGCCAAAGAUGACAUCCUGGAGAGUAUCGAAGAGAUGAAGUUCUAUAGAGACCGGGUGUUUCGGGGAAUAAAUUGA